AUGUACCGCAACUACCAACGGAAGAACGACAUGGACGAGCCGCCCGCCUUCGACUACGGCUCCGGGGACGAGGACGGGCAGAGGGAGAAGAGGAAGAACAAAGACCCGCAGUACGCCAAGAUGGAGGAGCGGUUCUACCGCUACGGCAUCAAGCCCGAGUGGAUGAUGAUCCACCGCAUCCUCAACCACAGCUUUGACAAAAAAGGAGACAUCCAUUACCUGAUCAAGUGGAAGGACCUGCCCUACGACCAGUGCACCUGGGAGAUCGACGAGAUAGACAUCCCGUACUAUGAAAACCUCAAACUCUUCUACUGGAACCACAGGGAGCUGAUGCUGGGGGAGGACACGCGCCCUCUGAAGAAGCUGAACAAGAAAGGGAAAAAGCUGAAAGAGGAGAAGCUGGAGAAACCUCCAGAAACACCUCUCGUGGAUCCUAGGGUGAAGUUUGACAAGCAGCCGUGGUACAUCGAUGCCACGGGGGGCACGCUCCAUCCCUACCAGCUGGAGGGGCUCAACUGGCUGAGGUUUUCCUGGGCCCAAGGGACGGAUACGAUCCUGGCCGAUGAGAUGGGGCUGGGGAAGACCGUGCAGACUAUCGUGUUCCUGUAUUCCCUGUACAAGGAGGGCCACUCGAAAGGGCCGUAUCUGGUCAGCGCCCCUCUCUCCACCAUCAUCAACUGGGAGCGCGAGUUUGAGAUGUGGGCACCUGACUUCUACGUCGUGACCUACACGGGGGACAAAGAAAGCCGGUCGGUCAUCCGGGAAAAUGAGUUUUCUUUUGAAGACAACGCCAUCCGGAGUGGAAAGAAGGUCUUCCGGAUGAAGAAGGAAGCCCAGAUCAAGUUCCACGUCCUGCUCACCUCCUACGAGCUGAUUACGAUCGACCAGGCGGUGCUGGGCUCCAUCGAGUGGGCCUGUCUGGUGGUGGAUGAAGCGCACCGGCUGAAGAACAACCAGUCCAAGUUCUUUAGGGUAUUGAAUAGCUACAAGAUCGAUUACAAGCUGCUGCUCACCGGGACUCCGCUCCAGAACAACCUGGAAGAGCUCUUCCACCUGCUCAAUUUCCUGACUCCCGAGAGGUUUAAUAACCUGGAGGGGUUCCUGGAGGAGUUUGCAGACAUCUCCAAGGAGGACCAGAUCAAGAAGCUCCACGAUCUGCUGGGUCCUCACAUGCUGCGGCGGCUCAAGGCCGACGUCUUCAAGAACAUGCCGGCCAAGACGGAGCUGAUCGUCAGAGUGGAGCUGAGCCAGAUGCAGAAGAAGUACUACAAGUUCAUCCUGACGAGGAAUUUUGAAGCCCUGAAUUCGAAAGGUGGCGGGAACCAGGUCUCGCUGCUGAACAUCAUGAUGGACCUGAAGAAGUGCUGCAAUCACCCGUACCUCUUCCCCGUGGCAGCCGUGGAAGCUCCGGUUCUGCCCAAUGGAUCCUACGACGGCAAUUCUUUGGUCAAAUCUUCAGGGAAACUGAUGCUGCUCCAAAAGAUGCUGAAGAAGUUACGGGAUGGGGGUCACAGAGUUCUGAUCUUCUCCCAG